UAAAUAUGUAUAUAUAUAGCAUAUUAACCGUAGCAGAUGAUUCUUUCAAAAAAAUUUUUUUUUUUUUUUUAUUUAUUUUUUUGAAAGAGAAAAUAUUAAAAGUAUUAAAAUAUUCAGCUACCAGUUCUUGAAUAUCAAAUGGGUGAAGUUUCCAUAGAAAUUGAUAUUGAUAAAACUUAUAUCGGUAAAACCGAUAUUGAUGAAUCACAUAAACCACAUAACGGUAAACCUAUUAAUAGGAUAGUUCUAUCACCAGAUGAAAAAUACGUUGUUACUUAUAGUGUGAACGAUGAUUCAAUUGUCGGUUGGAAUGGAGAUAUUGAAGAGGGAAAACUUAAUUUAGACUACACAGUUCAAACUGUUAAAACAAGGGAAGAAAUCAAACGUAUAUUUGUUACCGAUGAUAAGAAACUUUUUUUUAGUGCUCUAGAUAGAGAAAAACCAAUCAUAUUAUUCGAUAUGGAAAAUAAUCAAGAAAUUAAGCUACCAUCUAUUGCAUACAGAAAGAUUAGUUUCUAUAAAAAUAACUAUUUUCAAUUCAUAACACACGAUAUGUUGUGGACUUAUACCAAGAAUAAAAAUAAUGAAUGGACAUGUGAAUCAAUUUACUCAAUACCUGAUGGUAAGGAGGAUGAUAUUGAAAAUGGAAUUUUUACAACUUUUUUCAGUGAUAUAAGAAAAGAUGGUAGUAUACAUCUAGAAUGUGGUGAUUAUCAUUACAUAUGGAAUACUCUUUCUGAAAGAAGUUUUAGAGUUUUCAAUUUUACGAAUCGUGGAAAAGGAAUGGUAAUAAAACAUGAUAUUAAAAUUGUUUGUUUAUGAAAGUAUAUUCAUCUUUCUCUUUCUCUCAAAAUUAUUAGUAUGACAUUUUUAAAGAUUCGAGGAUUAAGAAUGACGAAAACUUCCUUUGUAUUAGAUAUGGAAGAUCAAUAUUGAUUUAUUCAUUGGAAUUAGAAG